GUGCAGCGAGCUCCACACGUGAGAGUCGCUAUUGUUGCAGAGGAGACUAAGUAAACUGGCAGGUGUAGGCGCCCAUGGACGAAGUAUGUGCAUGUAGACGUACUGUGCAUGUACAUGUAUAUGUACAUGUACUGUACAUGCGCCAGUGCACUGGAACAGUUGCAGCACGACGGCUGCACCCUCAACUAGUGUAGGCCUACACGUGAACAGUCAUUCUGUUUCCAAUAUCUAAAGCUGCUCUGGUUGCGAGCAGCACUGGUCGUCAGUGAGGAGGAGCAGCUUUCAUUGCAAGCCCUAGACAGAGCUGCCCGUAAUGAGUUCAGUUUUGAAAGUGCGAAGACCGACCAUGGACCGACAGACCACUGACAGACGUGAUGGAAAGAUCUGAAAGUAGUGUCGCUUUUAUCUGACUUUGAAGCGUCGAUUGUAGUCAACAUAAAUUUGAUCUGAAGCAGUGCAGAGAACUUCAUCAUCAGCAAUAUGACAUCUGUCACGUUGCCACCGUCAGAUGGAGGUAUAAGGAAGGAUUUACCUGUAGAUCGAGGCAGGGCUUGGUUCGUGCUGGUUGGUGUUCAUGUCAGUCACAUGUUGAGCUUCGGUUUCUUAACCUCCUUUGGAAUCCUCUACAUCGAAUGGAAAGAAUACUUCCAAACUGAUGCGACAACAACCAGUUGGUUGAUAAGCUUACCUCUUUUGGUGGCUAGCCCUAUGAGUUUUUUCGUUGGUAUCCUGUCAUCGUUGGUAGGCAUACGCGUGCUCGCCAUGACUGGAGCAGCUGUCUGCGGCAUUGCAACUUUUGUAGGUUCAUUUACCACUGGUGUUCGGCAGUUGUUUGUGUGCACAGCCAUGAAUGGUGUUGGUUCAGCGGUGGUACUAUCUCUAGGAAGCAUUGUUCUCUCCCACUACUUUAAAAGACGUUAUUCACUGGCCACUGGAGUGGCCAUUGUUGGGAUAAGCAUUGGUCAGAUGAUCUUCCCUGUAAUAAUACGUUUUCUGAUUACACUCUACGGAUGGAGGGGUGCUAUGUUUUUGAUUGGAGCCCUUCAAAUGAACGGGGUUGCUGCGUGCGCCCUCUUUCGACCCCUCAAAGCCAACAUGGACAUAAACCAACCACAUCAGGAAACAUUAGGGAACAGUAUUUCAAUGCUUCGCCGCAGGAGAGAGAGCACAGAUGAUGAGAUAGAGAUGGAGAACUCUUGUCCCGAUGAAUCUCGUCUGAACAGGUGGCGUAGGUGCGCUGGAUUUCUUAAAGUCUUCACCAAUGUUCUAGCAAUGCUGAACCUUCUUACCCUUACCUUUUUUGCAAUGUCCGCCAUGAUCAACAUCUCUCACCUGCCGGCACGAACCAAGGAGGCAGGCUGGUCAGACGAUCGGAGUGCAAUGAUUUUAUUAGUCUAUGCUGUUGCUUCUGCGUUCACAAGACUAACGUAUGGUUGGUUUGUAGACAGAGGCUACAUUGGGUCGUUCAAGCUUCAGCUGGCCACACAGUUUGGUGCCGCCGUGGCUACAUUCCUUAACCCCGUAUCAGAUAGCUUUGCUUUCCUGGUGGUGAACGCAUUACUGCUAGGUGCGUUUCUUGGUAUAACAGCACCUCUGUUUCUGGUCAACAUGAGACAAUUGGUGGAUGUUUCAGAGCUUCCGUCAGCUUUAAGUCUGAUUUGGGCUACAGGCCUCUUUUUCAACGGAGUCGGCACUGUCAUUGCAGGGAAGAUCUACGACGCCACAGGAAACUACGUAGCACCUUUCUUGACUGGUGGCGCCAUAUUUUUGGUUUCCUUCAUGUUGUUAGUCACUAUGACGAUACUAAAGACACGAGGAAACAAGCGUUGUCAGCAUCCGCAGACAGUAGCUGGCUAGGAAAACUCAGAACUCUGUGAGAAAACGGAGAAAGUAGCAUUAUCAAAACCUUGUAAUAAACCGAAUGUAUAAUUUUAUAAUACCUAUUGAAAUCUGUGGUUUUUGGUAGGAAAUUUUGGAAUGUUGCCAGUCCGUUUCACUAGUAAUUACGGUACCUUUGUAUUGAUGAAUUGUAACUAUAUUGUCACAUGUUGGUUAUUUUUAUUAAAGAACUUAGUUUUGACGUUUUGUUAA